AUGAACAACGCUUUCUUUGCUAGCUCCGAUGAAGGCGGAAACGACGUCGUGAUGUCUCCUCAGAGCCCCAGUGAAACCGGCGAACAGAAGCCUCGAGACGGUAGCGAAGGCGCAGAGCCGCUUUUCAUUGCAGGUAGCGAUGACGAAGAGGAUGCUUUCUCCGUGGAACGGUUCAGCACACCCCCGACGCGAGCCAUAUCCGUCGAUGAUCACUCCCCACCCCCAAAAAACGGCUCGGAUGAGUUCAGAAUGGCGUCUCCCCAGGCAUCUCGAGAUUCCAGCCCUGGUAUCGCAGGUACAGAAGCUAGUCAUGGAUCGACUUCUCGGCCUCUUUCUCCCGAUGAACCUUUGCCUCCUGCGAAGAGACGACGGCUCUCUUCACCUGCCCAGACGAACCAGGCUGCUUCCUCGGCCAGAGACAACGCUGCAGCGGAUGUUGCACCAUGGCAGUUCGAGAGCGCCUAUAUUGGCUCCUUUCUUGUCCCAAACGCUUGGAGCACCGUGAAGGGAAAGGGGUACAUCAAACCUGGCGACAUCGUCUUGUUGGAACGUUAUGACCCCGAUGCUGCUACAGGAAAAUCACGAGCAAAGGGCAAGAAGAGUAAAGAUGAGGCUAAAUCGUCCGGCAAAGGCAAAGGCAAACAACUCAACAUCGCGACCAUGCUGAAGUCGCAACCCAAGGCUUCGUCCUCCAAGGCGAAGAAGAAAGACACCAUCGUACGCGUCACGAAUCGCUCAGGCUUCGAAUUUGGUCGUUUGCCGGGGGAUGUUUCAAGUUGGGUCUGUAGCCUCAUGGACUUGGGUCUUGUGGAGUUUCAUGACAGUACCUUGGUGGAUGCUCCAGAAACACUGAGGUCAGGGGUUGAUCUUGUCAUAUCUCUUUCUUGCUACAUGCGAGCGUCAGCAUUCACUCAGCCGCUUGAUUCUAAGCAAUCAAAGUCGUCCCUGAAGUCCGUCAUCAAUGAGGGGCACGAAACGGUCGAAGAACAGACACUUCGAGAGCGAAAACUGGCUCUACUGAAGCUGUUUGACGCAGUUGGGCUCAAACCGUUGCGAGGCGCAGGCACGAUGCAGCCCAAAAAACCUUCCGACAAACAGCUUGAGGAUCUUGCUUCAAGACCAAAACGAGGGAGUUCCCCUGUGAAGAAGGAAGUUGUCGGUGACGGUGAAGUGAUUCAGGUUCAAGUCGAAGAGGACGAAGUGCUAUCUGAGAACGAAUUGAGUGCGAUAUACAAAAGGGCGCAAGCAAACGAUCGCAGUAUGGAAGAGAUGGACGCAUCGGCGACAUUUGCCCUCAAAUUACGGAACUACCAGAAGCAGGCCUUAUACUGGAUGCAUUCUUUGGAAACCGGGAACAUGUCAGCCAGAGACGCCGAUUCUCUUCAUCCGUUAUGGAGCGAAUACCGCUUUCCAGGUGAACUGGUCGAGGGAAUCAUCGACUUGACUGCCGAAGAACGCCCCUUCUACUUCAACCCGUAUUCCGGGGAGCUCUCACUCAAAUUUCCGAAGGCGGAGAAGAAUUGCAAAGGAGGCAUAUUGGCAGACCACGACAGCACUUACAAUCUGACAUUAUCCUCCUUGCGCUUAUCAGAGAUGGGAAUGGGCAAGACUAUAAUGCUGUCAGCCUUAAUACAAACCCUUCGUGGUCCCGACCCAGGUGAACUGGCGGAGGCGGAUAGAUCUGGAGGGCAGUCAAGAUCACGGCAAAUGAGGUUAAACGACGCCUUGCGAGUGAAAGGAACAUCUAGUACCGGCGUCUCCGGAAAAGAGCCGAAAGGUCCCAGAGCGACAUUAGUCGUUGCGCCCACGUCGUUGCUCGGGCAAUGGUCUGAUGAGCUGCGCCGAUCUAGCCUACCGGGCACACUUAGGGUGACAGUAUGGCAUGGUCAGAACCGGCAGGAAUUCGGAGCUGUUCUUGACGAUGAUGAGCAAGACGUCCCGCUAGUCGUGAUCACAUCCUAUGGUACCUUGGCAUCUGAACACGCGAAACCGGGCUCCCCAGUGUUCGAAGUCGACUGGUUACGCGUCAUUCUCGACGAAGCUCACAACAUCAAGUCGAGGCAGAGCCAGACUGCGAAAGCAGUUUUUGCACUUCGAGCAAGGCGUCGUUGGGCUGUCACAGGAACGCCGAUAGUAAACAGGCUUGAAGACUUGUACUCGCUUCUCAAAUUCCUGGGUUUUACGCCCUGGUCAAGCUACCCGUUCUUCCGCUCCUUUAUCACACUUCCGUUUCUUGCAAGAGACCCCAAGGCUGUCGAGAUUGUACAGGUCAUCCUGGAGAGUGUUCUUCUCCGAAGGGAAAAGGACGCCCUGGACUCAGACGGUAACCGAAUCGUUCAGCUACCUCCAAAGGAAGUUUCGAUAGAGAAGCUGCGUUUUUCUUCCGCGGAGCGCAAGAUAUACAAUUCGAUUUACCUCAGCGCCAAACGUAACUUCGAGCGGCUGAAUGCUCAGGGGCUUGCGAUGAAGAACUACACGCACAUUCUAGCUAUGCUCAUGCGGCUUCGGCGUGCUGUCUUGCACCCUUCGCUUGUCCUAUCACAAGAGAACGACAAUCAGACGCGGGAUCAAGACCUCAUCGAUGCGGACAGUAUGAUCAGGCAGUUUGCGGAAAAUAACGACACUACGUAUGCAGAAAGCGUACUCGACGAUAUCAAAGGGGAGACGGAAUGUCCUAUCUGCCUGGAUUUUGUUGAGGCGCCCAUGCUGAUUCCCAGUUGCAUGCACCGGUGUUGCAAGGACUGCAUCGUAUCUUUCAUCGACGGGUGCCGUGCGAAAGGCGAGGAAGGUCGUUGCCCUAUUUGCUCUAUGGGUCCAAUCAAGGAAAGCGAGCUUUUGGAGGUUCUCAUCCCUGCGAAAACGUCCAAUGACCUAAGGCACACGGGCGAAUCCAAUAGCGAGCUUAUGCGAGUGUCGCUUCGUCGGAAUGACUUCGUGUCUUCUACCAAACUGGAUGCUUUGAUCCAGAACUUGCGCCGCCUCAGGGAUCAAGACCCAUGUUUCCGCUGCGUCAUUUUUUCCCAGUUUACCAGCUUUCUGGAUCUCAUUGAAGUCGUGCUGCAACGGGAAGGACUCCCCUCUUGGCGCUUUGACGGAUCCAUGGACGUGAAGAAGCGAACUGCCGCUAUUGCUGAUUUCAAGGCACCGAGCACGAGUCCGAAGAUUUUGGUUGUGUCGCUUAAGGCCGGGGGCGUGGGGUUGAACUUAACAAUGGCCAAUCACGUUUAUAUGAUGGAUUGCUGGUGGAAUGCUGCCAUUGAGAAUCAGGCUAUCGACCGCGUUCAUAGGAUCGGCCAAGAUAAAACCGUCUACGUAAAGCAUUUCAUAGUCGAGGACACCAUAGAGGGACGCAUAUUACAGAUACAGAAACGCAAGAACGCCAUCGUCAAAGCAGCCUUCAAGGGUCAAGGCCAAGAUGCUGAUCCGGAGAGCCUUGAAAACUUCAAGAUAAUUUUCGGCGAUUGAUGGCCAGCUUGUUUGGCGCGGUGCGGACGUAUUCGCUAGAGCAAUAUCGAGACAGUGGACCAUGCC